GUCGACGCAAAAACUCCCCCCUCUCUCUCUCGCUCACUCACUCCCCCCACCCCUUUUCUCAGUUUGACUGUAAACGAAGAUGAGCUCAGUGCUCGACGAACAGCGCUGCGACGGGACCAUGCCGCCGCGCCCUGCAUCUCGAAAAAUCCGAUUCCAGGAGGAAGCCUGGAUGGGCUGAACAAAUUGGGGCGGACCCGGUGGGACGAUGGGAGAGGACUACGACGGAGAUGGGGGUUGCGGUUCCGGUGAGGAAGAAACCGGUUCAAAUCUUCCCCUCUGGGAGGCUGCAGCUGCCGUAUUAAUUCUGGGCUUUCUAGUGCUAGCAACAGUUCUCGGCAAUGCCCUCGUGAUCUUGAGUGUCUUCACCUACCGGCCACUAAGGAUCGUGCAAAAUUUCUUCAUCGUCUCAUUGGCAGUUGCCGAUCUUGCCGUGGCAAUACUAGUAAUGCCUUUUAACGUCGCCUAUUUGCUCCUCGGCAAAUGGAUAUUCGGUAUUCAUCUCUGCAAAUUAUGGCUCACAUGUGACGUACUAUGUUGUACAGCAAGUAUUCUAAAUCUUUGCGCAAUUGCCCUCGAUCGUUAUUGGGCAAUCACAGAUCCAAUAAAUUACGCCCAAAAACGUACGUUAAAGAGAGUAUUGGCAACGAUAGCGGGCGUCUGGGUGCUAUCGGGUGCAAUAAGUUCACCGCCACUAGCCGGUUGGAACGACUGGCCAGAGGAACUCGAACCCGGCACUCCAUGUCAACUGACAAGGAGGCAGGGCUACGUCAUCUAUUCAGCUCUCGGUUCAUUCUUUAUACCAUUAUUGCUCAUGAGUCUUCUCUAUUUGGAGAUAUUUCUCGCGACUCGAAGACGACUACGUGAACGGGCCAAGCAAAGUCGAUUGGGCGUUGUGCCAUCGGCGAAGCAUCGUGAAACUGAUGACGCCGAGGAAUCAGUUAGUUCGGAGACAAAUCACAAUGAGAAAUCAACGCCAAGAUCACAGCCAAAACCAUCGCUUGUCGACGAUGAUGUUACCGAAGUGACAGUGGCUGGUGCUACAACUGGACAUUCAAGACGUGGUGGUCCCGGUAUCGCGACAACAUCCACGACAGUUUAUCAGUUCAUUGAAGAAAGACAGAGAAUUUCUCUGUCAAAAGAGAGACGAGCUGCUAGAACGCUGGGGGUUAUAAUGGGUGUGUUUGUCGUUUGUUGGCUUCCCUUUUUCCUCAUGUAUGUCAUCGUACCAUUUUGUCCUUCUUGCUGUCCCUCCGAUAGAGUGGUGUAUUUCAUCACCUGGUUGGGAUACGUCAACAGUGCUCUCAAUCCGCUCAUUUACACCAUCUUCAAUCUCGAUUACAGGAGGGCUUUCAGGAGGCUUCUUCAUAUUGGAUAAGGAGUUCGUUGAGGGGUUCAAGCUUCCGGACUUUGUAAAUAUAUUCAUGUAAGAUUUAUCGCUCUUCGAGGAAGAAACCACAACACCCAAAAAUUAGCAUUUUACCAGGAAUCUUUUUUCUUUUUUAUCAGGAAUCUUUAUUUUUUUGUAAAUCAAUUAAUCUACAAAAAAAUAAAGAUUCCUGAUUCAUAAUUUGAAAUUUAAUCGACAUAAAGAACCGUGAGGUUAGGUUCCACAUUUUUUCACACUUUGGUUCGAUAUAACGAAUCAAAGUGCGCACGAGCAUGACCGUUAAAAGUCACCUUUAUAAACGGAUGUAAAAAUAAAUCAACUUUAAAAGGAUUCCUCGAAAAUAAAUAUAUUUUUCGGUGUUUGUGUUUGUGUGCGAGUACGAGUACGAGUACGAAAACAAACAUUCUCAGACUCUUUGUCGUUGGUUUCUAUAUCGAUCCCAUCACAAAAGAAGGAAGACUUCUUCUUGAAAAUUUCAUAUAAAAAUAAGAAGCCUUGGAAACAACGAAACGUUUUUUUCGUUUCAGAGCUGAGAAAUGUUGUCAAAAAAAAAAAAAAAAAAAAACAUUGUAAAUAUCUAUAAAUAAUAAUACACUUUGCGAAAUGAGAAAACACCUCCGAACAUUGUUGUUCAAUAAUGCAAAUCUAGUAAAAUUUGUUUCUUUGUUUUUUCUUUUUUUGGUUUUAGAAAGAGAGAAAGUGGCGGAUGAGAUUGAGUAUACAAUUUCGAGUCCAAAUGAGAUAUCUUAUACUGAUUUCGCAGAGUUUCACCGAAGAGGAAAAAGACCUGCCACUUACAGAAAAACCUCUUUAUUUUCGGAAUUGAAAGUUCCUUAUCGAAAUGUACAAGGGAUCGGAAACUAUGCAGCAGAUCUUUCCCGAUAGACGUCGGACGUGCAACUUGAGCGAACUGUGGUUUCACCGAGGUUCGAAUCGUUCGGGAAACUUUGGCCCGAGGGAGCAUAUUCAAUAAAGUACCCGCGUAUACAUGAAAGAUGAUAUCAUUCAGUUCAAACUCUAUAUAUAGCGAAGCUCGAAUGGAUUCGAAUCUGUUUGCCGAGAGAAAAAAUUAACAAAAUAUUUAUAUUCAAAAAGGGAUUUUGGUUUCAAUUCUUUUUUUCCACCGAAUAAAUAAUUCCAAUUUCUUGUUCGGAUCGAAAAAAGGAUUUUGGUUACAAUUCUUUUUUCGAACCGAAUAAAUAAUUUUGGUUCCGCAAUUUUCUUUUUGGACAGAAAAAUUGAUUCUUUUUUCGAACCGAAAAAUGGAAUUUCGUUGCUUUUAUAUCGAAUUUCUUCAGUUUCGCAGUAUCGCACGCCCUUAAUUAUACACGUUAAUUGUUCAAUAAAAUAUGCCACUUUAUCAGCAAUAAAGUUCAAACUACAAACUUUAUCAAAUGUAAAACGCUUGAUUAAAGUGCUACUUUAUCAAAAUACCACUUUAUCAAAAUGGUCUCUCUAAGGGUUGUUAUAAACUCCAGGAAAGUUAUUCUAUCGCCAUAAAUUCUCCCUGAUUAGAGGAUAAUCGCGAUUUCGAAAUUAAGAACCAAAAUCGGUUAACUUAUAUUUAUUUUUUCAAAAGUCAAUUUUUAAUAAAUCCUUUUUUUAAAGGAGUCAAAAGGUUUCAAUUUCCAGAAAAUUAUUUUACAGAAACAAAAUUUAACACCAAAAAACGAGUAUUGUCAUCAAAUUGAAUAGCGAUCGUAGUUUUUUUUUUGUAAAAUAAUUUUUCGUAAAAUGACAACUUUGCAAAACUUGCAAAUUCGUUAAAAUCGAAAUACAAAAAAAAUAAAAGUCGAAAAAAUUAAAAAUAGGAAAAACUGGAAAUCUUUCGAAAUACCUUUUCAUUGUCCCGAAUAAAAGAAACAUAACGUAUUUUUCUCCGGAGAAAAUUUUAAGUGACAAAUAUUAGCGAGAGCAACCUUUUUCAAUCUCUUUGAACAUCAUCUCUCUCUCUCUCUUGCUCUCGUCAUUUUGAUGUCAAAAUCAAUGAAAAUAGAAGCUAUCGCUGCAAAUCCGCCUAACCUACUUUCGAUACUAAGAACGAUCAAGAGAGACGAGGUGCGCAUCCAAGUGGAUGAGCUUCAAGUCGGUUUAUGUGGUGGUUAGACAUAAAAAAAAUAUAUUUAAACCCACAAGAGCUCGUUUAAUGUUAUAGAAAAGGUGUAAAAAUGACGUUAUACAAAAGAAAGAAAGAGUAUGUGUAAAACGAUCUGCUUCACGAAAGGAAUUAAGUAAAAAAAAUGAAAAAAAUAGAAUAGAAAAGAAAAGAAAGAAAAAUAAUACAUAAAUGGAACAUUUUUUUAAUAAAAGACCAGUGGAGUAGAAAAUAAUCGAUAGUAAAUUUAUUUCUUUCGCGAUUUCUCCAUCGCGAUAUAAUAAAAAGAGUUAUACUCCACUCCUAAACUUCAAUCAGUAAAUUUUACUCGCAAAAACCAGAGAGAAAGAGUGAGAAAUAAAAUUUCAAAUCGGUUCAAAUGGGAAUAUAUAUUUUUAAAAUGGAAUUUAUUUUUUUCUGUGUAUAU